AUGAUUGAGAAUCCAAAAGUUGCUGUGAUGGGCCUCCGCAAACCUCUGGUAAUGGCUGUAGCGGUUGGUUCGCAAACCGAAAUGUGGGGUCGGGAUGGUGUACGACAGUACGAGGGGCACCACGUAAUGAAGAGCUACUGCCAAGUAUCCAUAACCGCCUUCAACAGCAGUCGCUCUCGCACUUCUGACCGUGAUCACAUGUAUACAGUACAGUCAGAACGACUAUAG